AUGUUUAAAAACUGUAUACUUCCAACUCGCCCUAGAAAGUCUAAAAUCAAAAAAAUCGAGGAUCAUGUAAAGUGCAUUCUUAUUAUAAUGAAUAAAAAUGAACAAAAAGGAAAAAAAGCACAAGAUACUGUAGUUAUCAUAGCAGCUACGAACUAA